AGAGAGAGAGAGAGAGAGAGUGUGUGUGUGUGUGUGUGUAACCUAUGGACUGACGGGGGGUGGGGAGGGGGGGCUAUUGUUGUCAGGCCGGUGGUGUGUAGUGUUGGAGAAUGCCCGGAGGAUCCGGAGCUGUGGUCCUGAACCGAGACACCGAGGAAACACGAUAUUGACAUGAAGAAAGACAUAGAGACUCUAAUAGCAGAGGAACGAGCUGAUAUCAUCCUGAAAUAUGCAACGGAGGGAAAUUUCACACAGACACACACAGGAGGACGAGAGCGUGAAAUCACAUGGCAGGCAGGGCGGGGUGGAGAUCGACCCCUGGGAAGAUGCUGACUACAGCAUCUACAAAGUCAUCGACCGCUUCGGCUUCAUGCAUGAGGAUGAACUGCCAGCCCCCACUGCUCAUGAGGAGAAGCUGAAGCAGCUGGAGAUAGAGCGAGCAGAGAAAUGGCUGAAGAUGGUGAAGAAGUGGGAUAAAUACAAGAACAGUGACAGGAUGGUGAAGCGGGUGUAUAAGGGCAUUCCCCUGCAGCUCAGAGGCCGGGCCUGGGCUCUGAUGCUGGACGUGGAGAAGACUAAGAAGGAGAACGAGGGCAAAUAUGAGAAAAUGAAGGAGCAGGCCAGACUCUACUCAUCAGAGAUCAAGCAGAUCGACCUGGACAUUAACAGGACCUUCCGAAACCACAUCAUGUUCAUGGAUCGCUUUGGAGUCAAGCAGCAGUCUCUCUUCCACGUCCUCUCUGCAUAUUCAGUCUAUAACACAGAGGUGAGUUACUGCCAGGGGAUGAGUCAGAUCGCCGCCCUGCUGCUUAUGUUCAUGAACGAGGAGGACGCCUUCUGGGCGCUGUCGCAACUGCUGACCAAUGAGAGGCACGCCAUGCAUGGAUUUUUUGUCCCCGGGUUUCCCAAACUUCAGCGAUUCCAGACACAUCACGAUCAGAUUAUUUCUAAACUCAUCCCCAAACUGAAGAAACAUCUGGACAGGGAGCAGAUGUCUGCAGGGAUCUACAGCACUAAAUGGUUCCUACAGUGUUUUAUUGACAGGACGCCGUUCACCCUGACCCUGCGUCUGUGGGACGUCUUCAUCCUGGAGGGGGAGAGGCUGCUCACCGCCAUGUCUUACACUAUCCUCAAGAUACACAAGAAGCGUCUGUUGAAGAUGUCUCUGGAGGAUCUCAGAGAGUUUCUGCAGGAGCGGAUCGCUCAGACUUUCUUCUACAGCGACGACGUGAUCAUUGAGCAGCUCCAGGCCUCCAUGACUGAGCUGAGGAAAAUGAAGCUGGACCUUCCUCCUCCAGGGAAGCCUGAGGAGCUGCCUCGUAAGCCUCUGGGUCAGGAGCUGCCGCUGCUGCUGAGUCCAGUCCAGCCAUCCAGAGGGAAGCCGUCCUCAGCCAGCGGGUUCCCCAGAGCCGGCCUGAGUCUCCACAUCAUCUCCCACCAGCCUGACUCCAUAUCCCCGGACCAGAGCCCCUCCAAGGAUCCCAAGGAUCUCGACGCCGCUGAGGAGGAGGAGCAGGCCCCGCUGCCCUCCCCAGACCCCGUCAUCAUCCACAGCCAGGCCCCACUCACACCCGACAGCUCCCCACUGAUGGGACCUCCGCCUUAUCAGCCCCCUGGGAGCCCAGCAGAAGAUCAGACAGCACUGCCGGACCAGGAGAGGGAUGAAACGAGACCUGACGCUGGGGUCUCCACAGGAUCUCACUCAGCUCCACAGAUCGCAGACGCUCUCCUGACAACGUCCACAGAUGACUCCUCUGCUGCCGUCAGCUCCGACCACUCCUCCCGCAGCGUCCUACGGACUCUCUCAGCACCCCUCGCCCCGGGUUUGGACCCGGCCCAGUCUGAGGGUCUGACAGCGGCAGAGAUGGCUGAGGACAGUUACCUGGUCCAGCUGCUGGAGGAGGCCUCGGCUCUGUGCCCCGACAGGACCCGGGACUCGAGUUCAGUGUCAGAGGAAACACAGGCUGCAGACAUUUCAUGAAAUGAGAUUUACUGAUAAUGUUCCUUCUCUGUUUAUUGGAUCAUGUGUCAGUAGAUGAGCAGUGAUGUGUUGGUGAAGAGCUGCAGACGUACAGUGUGAUUCAUCAGAUCAUCAGUGUUGAGCAGUCACUGCUUAAAAUAUGCGAUCAGUUCCAGGGCCAGAAGUAAUAUUGGUGAUCUAAUUUGUCAGUUUUAAAGAGGUGUUAAUAUUCUGCCUUCCUGUAACUUUCCUAACAGGGUUGUAAAGAAGCAGUUUCCUGCUUUAGACAUUUGAUGUGGGUGUUAAAGUGCAAAAACAAACACCAGUGAGGAUUCUCAGUCAUACACCUCCUCAGAUAUCCAGAGGGAGAAGUCAGAGGAAAGUGGACUUGAUGUUUGGUCCUGAAGAAAAAAAACAGCAGCUCACAUUAAACCAGAGUCUCAGGAUCCCUCUCAGAAAUCACACUGAAAAUUAAAACCUUUUCACUGAUUGAUUGCUUCAUACUCUGACUCAGCAGCAGAGCUCUGACUCCUGGCUGUGAAAAUUUUAAAUACAGAAAACAGCACCAGUUUGUUUUUCUGUGGAGGUUUUAUGUGUGUUGGUAAAUAAUGUAGGACAAAAUUAUCAAGGUUAAAAUAUGAUGCUGAAAUGAAUAGUCAGCUAGAGAUAAUUAAUUCAUUUACAUAGUAAACUGUAAACAUUGGGCUUAAAAAGGAAAUUUGACUCAGUUUCAUGAAGUCAGCCCUGUUCAUUCACAUUGGUUUAUAUUACCUAAUGCUGCUUCUGUCCUCUGUCUCAGUGUUCUUCACAGAGCAGUAAUGUUGAUUUCUGCUGGAACAGUGUGUCCCUCUGUCUCUCUGUGUCCAAGUUCAAUCACAAACAUUUUUCUGGUUUUGUUCUUUAAUAAGCUGACAGUCACUGUGUGUUCACAGAUGAUCUCUGCUCACACAGGUGUGUCUACCUGAACACUGCCUCCUGCAGAUCCUGACAGCUUAAACACCUCUCCUCUAAACAUAAACAAACGCUGUUCCCUCAGUGGAGAAAACAUUUUUACUCCUGAGUGAAUCUGUGUCCAGUUAGAACUGACUUCCUGCUCUGAGACGCUCCAUAAAUAUCAACCCAGUUUUGUCUUGAGACUGCAGAUUUAUAACUGUCUAAACUGUCUGGAGUUUGAACCAGGGCCUGAAAAUUAGGAUUUCUUGACAUCUGCUGCUUUUAUUUUGAUUUAGUCAUUUUAAAUUCUUUCUCUUCAAAUACCCAACUUCACUGAACAUUAACAAACCAAGACAGGAAGUCAAUGUUUUUUUAUUCCAGCUGUUAAACCUGCAGCAGAGCAGCUUAACUCCAUGUGUACAAACUAGGUAAAUGUGGUUUCAGGCGCAGAGAAACUACAAAUAUUGGUUUUGUCUGACAUGGAAAUGAAAAUUAUUGAUCAUCAGAUGUAACUCACUUCCAUUACCUUCCACUACACCACCACCACUGUGUGAUUGUAAAGAUUUAUCCUUUUAAUAAUUUCUCUCAAUUGUUGUGAACAAAGCAUGUUAUUAGAAUUUUGAGAGUUGUGCUCGUUCCCUGAAUCAUCGAGACCUGGUUCUGAGAGGAGAUGACGGAUAACAAGGAGACUAAACCCCCAGACACCUCCCAGGACUCUGGAGCAUUAGACACCCUGGAAGCUUAUUUCAAUUAGAGAGAGAAAGAACUGAGAAGCUACUCAAGGCAUCACCCUUUACAAUAAAAGAAGCAGUUUUGUAGUUUUGUAAUGUUAUUUGCUCAGUCAGCCUUUGUAAAAUGUUUGCUAGCAGAAUCACAGUUUUAUUUUUUGUACUAAUGUCUCGAUGCCUUAUUUGGAUCAGCUUCAGUUCUUCUGUGGACAUUACUGAUGUUGUACUCCACACAGCAACAGAGGAAGUGACUUCAUGUGUUUUUCAGGUGAUGGACUGAACAUGAAACCUCUUACAUGGUGAGCUGGCUCACUGUUAUGAUUGUACACAUUCAAACCUUUUGAGCUCAUUUUAAAUAAGUGGUUUUCAGUAAUUUAUUGUUUUAUCCUCAUAGAGAAGCAUCCAGGUCAGUUAAUAACCUUCUCUCAUGCUCGUCCUUUUCAACAACUGGAGUAUUUGCUGCAUUUCCACUCAAGUCCCUGAAAGGUGACUUUGUUUUUUAUCACACGGGAAAUGAUCUGGACGUAUCUGCCUCUGUUAAUGCUGUGUUUAGAAAUGUACAGUAAUGUAGAACCAGUAGGUUUGAAGAGUUAGGCUGGGUUUUCCCAUCUGAGGGUAGAAAAACCGUUUCUCCAGCUUAGUGCUUAGAAGUAGAGAAAGGUCGACAUCUUGUGGUUGGCUUAGUCAAAGCAUGUCUCUAGAUUUAGACAAGAAGAGUAGAAAUUGUUGAGCUUUUAGAUUUAAUCCAAAUUAAUUAAUCCUCCAAAUCUUUGAAUUUAAGGCCAAUAUUUUGAAUUCUGUGAAUAUUUUGUGGCUUUUUUUUAAAAUGACAUUUGACUUGAGAUAAUCUAAACAUUUUGAAUAAUUCUGUAUCAAAGUAGUUUUCUCGAGUGUCUUUAAAUGAAACUAAGUUAUAGUAGAGUGACAUUGUUAAGCGCUUCAGGUCAAAGUGUUUUUGGGGGACAGUGUGUUUUAUUCUUGGCUACAGAUUUGUUGAAAUACAAACCCUGGAGAUUAAACAAUACAACCUUCAUCAUCCUUUAAA